AACCUGCGACUCUCAGUAGAAUCCAAUAAACGUACCGACAUUUUCAGUUUUGGUAAAUAAAAAAGGGACAGUUCUGACUUAGAUUUUCCAAAGAUCACUGUCGUUAAGCACCUCGUCUCGAAGCUGAACUCUUGAGAUCUGUCUGACAUGAUCUGACACAAUGAGAAGCCUUCGAUCUUCCCCAAUUGCUUCCAAACCCAUAAUUUAUGGUGUUAUUCAUAUGUUUUUUCUGUUAGCCAGCUCAAAUACGGCGCAUGGAGAAACCUUCGACUCUGUCUUGCAGCUCCUCCCACAACCCUGGUGGACAAGAAUCCGACCCGGAUCCAAGAGGGUCCUCUCUGUUGGUGAGUUUGGUGCAAAAGGAGAUGGCGUCACUGAUGACUCUCAGGCUUUUAAAAAUGCUUGGGAGAUAGCUUGUUCUAUCCCUGUGCGGACAAGAAUCUUAAUUCCUGCUGGAAGCACUUACCUAUUCCAUCCUGUUGAUAUCGCUGGGCCUUGUCGAUCAAAGGUGACUCUAAUGAUCUCUGGUACCGUCAUUGCUCCUGAAGAUCCUGAUACUUGGAUUGGUUUGAAUCGACGUAAGUGGCUCUAUUUCCAUGGGGUGAACCACCUUACAGUAGAAGGGGGAGGGACACUCAAUGGAAUGGGGCAGGAAUGGUGGGCUCGGUCUUGCAAGACCAACUCAUCAAAUCCAUGUCGACAUGCUCCAACGGCAGUUACGUUUCAUAAGUGCAAGAAUUUGAAGGUCAAGAAUCUUUUGAUUGUCAAUAGUCAACAAAUGCACAUGACAUUCACAAACUGCAUGCGGGUAGUGGCAUCAAAUCUCAGAGUGAUAGCGCCUGCUGUUAGUCCUAAUACUGAUGGCAUCCACAUUAGUGCGUCGAAGGGUGUUGAGCUCAAGGAUACCAUAAUAAGAACAGGAGACGACUGUAUUUCUAUAGUCAGCAAUUCUUCACGAAUCCGGAUCAUAAAUAUUGCUUGUGGCCCCGGUCAUGGCAUAAGCAUUGGAAGCUUGGGAAAAUCAAACUCUUGGUCCCAAGUGCAUGAUGUAGUAGUUGAUACAGCAUUCUUGUCCAACACAGAUAAUGGGGUGAGAAUCAAAACAUGGCAGGGCGGAAGUGGCUUUGCCUCCAACAUUGCAUUCCGGAAUGUGUUGAUGGAAAAUGUAUCAAAUCCGAUAAUAAUCGAUCAGUAUUAUUGUGACUCCUGGCUGCCAUGUCUAAAUCAGACUUCGGCGGUAAAAGUGGAGAACAUAUCCUUCGUGCACAUUAAAGGGACUUCUGCUACGGAGGAAGCAAUAAAAUUUGUUUGCAGUGACUAUUCACCAUGUGAAGGGUUAUACAUGGAAGAUAUUCAGCUUCUACCAUCCGUUGGGGAGAUCACCACCUCUCUUUGUUGGCAAGCUCAAGGUUCAAGUUUCGGUUUGGUAGACCCGCCCGCUUGCUUCUCGUGUAGCGAAAGCUUCAUUACGCAAAAAGUCCCGUCAUACUCUACCAUUCAUUCACAGAGGUUGGGCAGUUUGGAAUAUGGACGAACAGCAACCCAGUAGAUCGUGGUAUAGAUCUAGCUACAGCGUAUAGAGUCGACAUUUUUGGAUUCCAUAUUGUUCUUGGAGCAUGGAUCCCUGAAGCAUUUUCCCUUUGUAUAUAGUCCACUGUAAAACUUUGGUUUGCACAAAAGAGAUAACGGCAGUGAUGACAUCGAUUCGUUGGAAUAUUUGUACAUAAUGUAUACACAGUAUAGUUUUGGCA